AUGGAAACACUGGCCUCAUUUUGGUCCCAUGACCCCUUUGACCUGGGCCAGAGUCGGCACGAGGUGUCUGCACUUUGGGAAACCUGCUAUGUUGAGAACAAUGCCCCUUCAGUCUCCUGUGCAAUGUGGACAGAGCUGUCUCCUCACCUACAGAAAAACAAACAGCUGCAUGACACACUUCUGCAGCGUGAAGAGGAACUGGCUCGACUCCAGGAAGAAAACCAAAAACUCAGACAGUUCUUGAACUCAUCGCUUGUAAAGGACCUGGAGGAGAAGGCCAAGACGCUGUGUGCCAAUGGGAAGAGGAAGAGAAACUUGUCAUUUUUCACUCCACCCAUCUCUAAAAGAGUCUGUCGAAAUCUCACGGCCGAAAUCUGCUCAGAAUCUGAACCAUCUGAAACCAGUCUGGAUCUGUGGGUCCUUAAAACCCUGGGCCUAAAGGACAAAGACACUAUAGACACAGGGGCAGACCAUAAUAAUAAUAUCACUAAUCAUUAUCAUUCACCAUUAGAACACAAUACUGACAGCUGUAAUGUUUACCAGUCACCUAUCACUGCCAUUAUGCUUCAAGCCUCCCCAAACCCAAGUGAAAACCAAGAUGGAAAAGAUAGUGGGUUUGCUAAUAAAUCAAAUCAAAAUGGCGCCAGUCUGAUGAGGAGCAGUAGACCAGUUUUGGCGUUUAGCAUGUCUUUGAGUCCCAACCAUAGCCUUAAAACACAUAGUUUCCCACAUGGUCAAGCAUUUGUGAGGAGAGACACCAAAGGGCGAUGCAGUUUCACCUGGGUGCCCCGAGACCGGCCAUAG